UAAUCCUCUUAUGACUUAAGGUAUGAUGCAUGUGGUGAAGACUUGUCCAAUGUCCCACAUCUCUACUUCUAGGGAUUUCUGAAAAUUAAAAAGUACAAGUGCCUCUGUGGGACAGCAUGAAUUGUGCAACAGGGAAGAGACUGCAGCUGAGCCGGGUUUUGUUUCUCCUCUCUGGUGUUUUCCUCUGCACCCUCUACCAGCUGACCAUCAGGGCCAGACUGUACGAGCCUUUGCCUGAGGGUUCAGCAGAGGAGGUGGAGGAGAAACCUCUCACCACAACACAUGACUUGGAGCCCACAGAUCAAACAACACCUGAGAUGCAUGUGGUAAAUUAUUUGGAUACGACAUCAGAUUUGAAAGCAUCAACCCCGAGUGAAUCCCCCCCAUUGCCAAUCAAAAACCAGACCACUGUGCACUGCAUCUACGUGGCCCCUGAGCCUCCACAGGAGACACCCACACCAGCUCCGGCUCCUCCUGUAACUACCAUCCCUCCAGCUUCUCCUGGAGAGGCUCCACAUGUUAAGGGUGAAUACCCUGAAGAUGUUUUUUCUAUUGAAGAACGCAGACGAGGCUGGGUGAUCCUCCACAUUAUUGGAAUGAUGUACAUGUUUGUGUCACUUGCAGUUGUGUGUGAUGAGUUCUUUGUUCCUGCACUGGGGGUAAUCACAGACAAGUUAGCCAUCUCUGAUGAUGUAGCAGGAGCCACUUUCAUGGCUGCUGGAAGAUCUGCCCCUAGGUUUUUUGCCUACCUCAUAGGUGUCUUCAUCGCCCACAGGAAUGUGGGCAUUGGCACAAAAGUUGGUUCGGCAAUUUUCAACAUUUUGUUUGUGAUUGGAAUGUGUGCUUUAUUUUCUCGAGAGGUACUUCAUCUAACUUGGUGGCCACUUUUCAGAGAUGUAUCCUUCUACAUACUUGACCUCAUCUUACUCAUCAUCUUCUUCUUGGAUAAUGUCAUAAUGUGGUGGGAGAGCAUCGUGCUGAUGGCCAGUUACACCUUCUAUGUGAUUUUCAUGAAGUUUAAUGUGCAAAUAGAGCGGGCCUUCAAGACCCAACUCCACAAACACAAGAGCAUUGUCAAAGUUAUUGCUGUAGAGGAACCUGAAGAGGUAAGCACUACUGUGACAAAACAUUGUUCUUGUCUAAAAUCAGAUGGAUUUAAUGAUUUUUCAGUGUGUAAUGAAUCUUUAAGAGCGGUGGACAUGCCUGCAGGUGAGGAUGGGCCAGGAGGCUCAGAAGACUCUGACAAUGAUAAAGUUGAAAGUGAUAAAGACAGUGAUGAGUCCAGUAAAAAUGAAAGUGAUUAUGUGAACGAAGAGAAGACAGAGAAUGAGCCUCUGUCUUUACAGUGGCCUGACACACGACGUAAACAAGCCACCUACCUCUUCCUGUUGCCCAUAGUCUUUCCUCUGUGGCUCACACUUCCUGAUGUUCGCAACCAGAAAUCCAGAAAAUUCUUUAUGAUCACGUUUGUGGGCUCUAUUCCAUGGAUUGCUGUCUUCUCCUACCUCAUUGUUUGGUGGGCCCAUCGGAUAGGUGAGACCAUCGGCAUCUCACAUCACAUCAUGACCGUCCUGGCUGCAGAGACAUCCAUCCCUGACCUCAUUACCUCUGUGAUUGUAGCACGUAAAGGUCAGGGGGACAUGGCUGUGUCCAGCUGUGUGGGAAGUAACAUCUUUGACAUCACUGUGGGUCUGCCAGUCCCAUGGUUCCUGUACUCAUCCUUUCACGAUUUGGCUCCAGUGGUCGUCAGCAGCAAUGGGCUUUUAUUUGCCAUCAUGCUCGUCUUCCUCAUGCUCCUCUUUGUCAUCAUCAUUUCAUCCUGUAAGUGGAAGAUGAAUAAGGUGCUGGGUUUCAUUAUGCUCCUGCUCUACUUUAUCUUCCUGGUUCUCCGUGUUAUGCUGCAGUAGCACAACAUUAACUUCCCUGUUACUGUGGGCUUACAUUUUUUGUAUAUGUUUAUGUUUAUGUUCAUGAAAUAGCUUUUGCUAUAAGCUAUUAUACACUUUUGCAUAAGCUUUUGGCAAUUACUCCUUAACUUGCACAUCUACAGACCGAAGUAUAACUACUUAAAUGCCAGCGGUUAUCUGAAAUAUCAAAACAGAUUAAUACCUACAUCUGCAUCUGCAUACCCUCCAGUGUAGUUUGGUCAUUUUCACUCUUGUUCUUUCAGCAUAAGAUACUGUAUAAUAUUUAUCCAGUAAAUCCAGUCUUCUGGAUUACUCACUUGUUGCAUCUUAUUAAUUUGAUCACUGUACUGGUUCAUUUGCAAGGUGACUAACAGACACCUCUCUUAACUGACAUAUAAAUAUUUUUAUUUUCUCUCUUGGACAUAUACAUACACACACCAUAUAUAUUUUACUUUUGAUAAUUGAUACUAUCUUGUGCCUGAUAUAUUUACUUCAGUUAUUCAGUU